UUCGUUCGGUUCGGGUGUCCUUAGUUUCUGGGAGUAGUGUUUUGCGUUCGCGUUUGUUGAUCGUGUAUUUUGAGUCGUGUAAGGAAUUGCAGUGGCAUAUUAUUCGAUAAAUUCAAUCGACAGUUUCAACGUAAUGAGAACGACCUGUCAUAACGGUGUGCGGCAAUGCAGUUGAUGGUUGGUUUUAAGAUAAAAAUAAUUCAGUAAAUGUUCACGAUUACGAUCACCGAUCGGAACGAGUGAGUGAGAAAGCGAACGAAAGAGAUCGGUGUAUUUAACGGGCAACUCGCGUUCGAUUCGUGUGCAAGUGUCAAACAACAACUCCAAUCAUGUGCGAUGAAUUAGUGUAGACGUGCGAAAGCCGGUGUAAAUAUUUUGAUUAUGAAAAGUUGAUAACAGUGCGAUAAACCGUCAGUUGAUUGCCUGCCAAGUGCAGUGCUCGCGUCUGUAUGUGAUUGCACGGUAAAAGAACCGCAAUCAGCUGGGAAUACAUUGUGACCUCGGCAACUAUUUCCCCUCAGAGUGUGGAUUUCAGCGAGUGACGAUCGACGAUUUUAAAAAUAAAACCCGGAAAAUCGAAAAAAAGAGAAGAGUUAAACAAGUAACUACCAACGUCAAAAUGACGAAUUUAUGUGUUUACAUUGGAUUAUUCCUGGUGUUAGCGGCCGGCGGAAAAGCGCAUCUGAAUCUGUAUUUGAACCAGCUCGAAGUCAUGCGAUUACUAGGACUCUCGGCGGAGUUGUACUACGUUCGCGAAGGUCAGGUCAACGAGUAUGCGCUUCACUUCACCGUUCCGGUGCCAGCGAAUGUUCAGGAUAUUUCCUUCACCUGGCAGAGCCUAGCCGGGAAACCACUGCCCUACAAGAUCAACAUUGUCACCUCGGAUCCGAUGGUUCUGCCGAAACCAUCGAUGAACAUCUCCCGGAUGGGUGAGAUCCCAACGCAAAUCGAAACAUUUGCCAUCGCUCUGAAGUGUGCCGGUCGCGAUCCGGCCGAGGUCGAAGUCACGAUCACCAUCGAGGUCACGCUGAACCGGGCCACGGGAAAUGCAACGGAGCUGGUGUUUCGGCGGAAGAAAAUUUGCAUCAACAAUGAUCAUCCCGAAGCCAACCAACCGGAUCCGUAUCUGUUGGAGACGGUCACUCACACCCCUAAUGGGCUGAUAACACUCAUCGUCGGUGGCAUCCUGGCGAUCGUUCUGGUAACCAUCCUGAUCUCGAUCGCCUAUUGCGCCCGAGGAUCUAUGAAACGAAAGCCACAUCAUGCGCAACCUAUUCGGACUUCUAGCUUUCAGCGCCUUCAAACGCAUCCUCCUUCAGCACCAUCCUCGAUCGUAUCUCCACCGUCGAUCGCACCAACUAUUGCAACUUUGUCCAGAAGCAAAAUCUACGCCAACGCAGAACCAGAAGAACUCCAGCGGCGUAUAUCCGAACUAACAGUUCAACGCUGUCGGGUGCGAUUGUCCUCGCUGCUCCAGGAAGGAACCUUCGGUCGUGUCUAUCGUGGUUCCUACAACGACAGCCAAGAAGUGUUGGUCAAAACUGUCGGCCAGCAUGCUUCCCAAAUCCAAGUCUCACUGCUACUGCAGGAAGGAAUGAGCCUCUACGGUGCCCAACAUCCCGGUAUCCUAUCCGUACUGGGUGUGUCGAUUGAGGAUCACACCGCACCGUUCCUUCUCUACUUGGCCCCGGAAAAUAUGAGAAAUUUGAAGAUCUUUCUGCAGGAACCCGUAGCCCGAACGUUGACUACGAUCCAGAUAGUUAAAAUUCAGCUUCAGCUGGCGCAAGCGUUGGGACACCUCCACAGUCACGGUGUGAUCCAUAAGGAUAUUGCAGCACGGAAUUGCGUAAUUGACGAUCAGCUGCGAGUAAAGUUAGCAGAUAACUCUCUAUCGCGGGAUCUAUUCCCGGGCGAUUACUACUGUCUGGGCGAUAGCGAAAACCGCCCAAUCAAGUGGUUAGCCCUGGAAGCCAUCCAGUACAAACAGUUCAGCGAAGCGUCCGAUACGUGGGCAUUCGGAGUGCUGAUGUGGGAACUGUGCACACUGGCCAGACAACCGUACGCUGAGGUUGAUCCUUUCGAGAUGGAACACUACCUUCGCGAGAAUUACCGGUUGUCGCAGCCGAUCAACUGUCCGGAUGAACUAUUCGCAAUCAUGGCCUACUGCUGGACGAUGCUUCCGAUGGAGCGCCCGUCGUUCGAGCAGCUGCAGAUCUGCCUGCAGGAUUUCUACGCGCAGAUAACUCGGUAUGUCUAGGGUUUAGCGAACGCCGCCAACGGUGCGGUAGUUCCAUUUGUCAGUGGCCUGGAUCCGAAGCAACCAUCGAACCCGCCACCGUCGUCGCAGCAGAAGCAACAACAGCAACAGCAACGGUUCUACAUGUUUCCUACGCCACGGGCGCUUUCCCUUAGCUUUAGCUUCCGAGUGAAAAACCGGCACGGUAACGCCACGUUCGGUGGUCGCAGCGGAAAACAUAACGCCAAGAACAACAUCAAUAACAUCUACGAGGUGCCACCGUCGGCACCGCCCAUGUCCACGCAGACACUUCCGGCGCCGGGCAGUGGAAUCUCGUGACAUAAGCCUAAGGUGGCCACCAUCAGUCGCGGUGGUCCCCUUGCCACGAUCCGUGAGUCACGCAAAAGUCGCGACAAACCCUCGAAACAUAGCAGACAUAGCAUACAAUCAAACAAAGAGACAACUAAUGGAAAAGCAUUUGUCAUACACUGUGCUGGCGAUGGUGACGGUAACUGAUGCUUGUAAGAUGUCGAAGAUAGUCGUCGGUGGAACAAUGAUAGAAUCUCAUUCUUAUAUGCAGCUAACAAAAACAACACAUAAUUCGUGCCAAAAAUAUUGCUAAAUAAAUAACAUAGGAUAGAUUUUGUGGAUAAAGAUUACGAUUAAUCAAGCGAGAAGCUCCAAUCUCCGUUAGACGAAGUAGAAUUUACACUUUAUGGAAGAACAUAGCACAUUGUCUAUCAUCAUACUCAUUGAACCCACUCAACUCCACUAAUUCAUAUCCAUUCCCAUGACGGUGAGAUAUCCUAAGCCUAAGCGAAACACAGGAUGAAACUAUGUAAAGAAUUUAGUUGUAAAUAUUUAUUUCACCGAACGAAACGGUUUUGUUGAGACAAAAAUUUAAUAUAAAAGUCCUAAAUCAUGUAUAUUUAUUAUAUUUUGCAAUUUGGUCAUCCCGAAAAUGAAAAAUAAAAUCGAACUUAUCUACAAUUGACCUACAUUUAAUCACCGGAAACCAAACCACAAUAUUGUUAUCUAAAACUACUCAACUAGAACUACAGACUUAUAAAUACUACCAUAGCAUAAUAGACAAAACAAAAGCGCCUCCAGUUUUGCCACAGAAAAAUAGCAUUUGUAGUGAGCAGCAUGCCGCCAAUAACCCAAUCGCACUGCCGAGAUUUGUAGACUGAUCAGUUUUUUUUUGGUAGCGUUCGGUUGUUGUGUUCGACAAAUCUACGUGAAAUUGCGCAAGCAAAGAAAAUCAACAUUGUUAUUGUUUACGUAUCACAUCCUUGCUGUAAAUAGUGUGAAUCGUUGAGUUCGUUUGAUUAUUCGCCCCCGCCAACGCGGAACUUAUUGACUCUCAGGGUCGACACUCGAUGGUCAAAUAGGUUCCCGUCGAGUCAUAUUACUUUGUGUAGUAGUUCACUUUGAUAUGUAACAUUUAUGAAAUCGAGGAAUCGGGUUUUAAAGUUUUGUUAACGGAAUUCCGAUGAGUUUUGAAAACUGUUCGAAAGAAAUUUAACUAAGAAAACUAAGCGUUUUUCGAGGGAUAAAUUAGGAUAAGAGAAAUCUCAACAAGAUUUGUAAUAAAGGCAACGCGAAAAUAAUGGAAUACAAAAUAAACAUGUUGACAUAUUUGUAGGAACUUAUACAAGAAAGUGUAAUAACAGAACUAAUCAAUUACGUAAUAAAAAUGUAUAUUUUA